AUGUCAUCGAAGGAUCGUCGUCCACUACUACCUAAUAUAGUUUUACCAACAACUACUGAGAAUUCCCCAAUACCGUCACCGGUUGCGUCAACAACACUACAUAGUAAAGAAUCUCCAUCGAUGUUACAAAAUCCAUUGUUCCCAGAUCUUCUUGAUCUGUUCAGUCUAUCAGAAAACAAAACAACAACUAUUCCCGUUAAACCAUCACCUAUGAGUGAAAUUGGAAAUUUCAAUUCCAUGUCCAAGGAUUUGAUGAAUAUGAUAGAUGCGAAUGAUGCAUCGCUAUUUGACGUAUUUGAUCCGUUGAAACAAGUUGAUGGGAGACCGUCGACACUGGCGUUUGUACAGCCAAACACUCAGACAUCUCCAUUUUAUCCUCAUCCUAUCAAAUUACGAUUGAAAUUGACAUCGUCUGCUGAAUUAAAGCCAUUAAGCCAACUUGCUGAACGAAUUCGAAAUGACAAUUCAUCGAAACAAUCUUUGAUCGACGAUAUUUACUACUGUAAACAUAUUCAGCAUCGUACUUCUCAACAUAUCGAACAACUUCAACAAUCGGUUACUCUUCACAUCUUUCAUUCCGAUUCUAAAGAGCCUACACGCUUAACAAAAGUGAGCUUAGAAUCAACAGUACAGGAAAUUCUACGACAAUUGCAAAACACCAUAUCAUUUGAUGUGGAGCAAUCGAUACUUAAACUUCGUUCCCACGAAGAAUAUUUACACAACGACGAUGUCUUAUCCAACAUCGAAUAUGUAUAUAAUUGUCUUCAUUCGCUUAAACCAGUUCAGUUUGUACUCGUUCAAAAGCCAGUAUCAAUCUCCAAAGCGCAAGAACAGAUUAGUUUCGAACGCUUCUGUUUGAACGAACAGCAGAAAUAUUUUCCAACGAAUAAACCGAACAAACCAUUGAAAUCGCUGAUUAAAAACAAGUAUUUCACAUCUUAUCCAACACGUUCAUUCGAUUCUCGUUGGUUAGAAGAAUUCCGCGAAAAGAUCAAUCGACUUCUCGAGCAAACUGAACAGUGUAUCAAUAGGCUACUCAGUCCCAGCUUCGUGAUGAAUUCCAUCGAAGAUUGCAUCAAAUCCAUUCAGGAACUGAUCAAUUGCAUGAAAAAAAUUCAACUAACAUGUUCGGAUAUUCAAUCAUCAAUGAUCCUCGAUAAAUACAAUCAACUGAGAAAUUACAAUAUCGAAUUGAUGAAACAUUCCUCUCGCGGCACACAAGAACAUCUCUCUCAAUUAUUAUUUCAUUCACUUUCUACACUAAUGAAAUAUAUUCAAACAUAUUGCCAAGCGUUUUUAAUUCCGUAUGAAUUAGAAGUUUGCAAUAACACCAAUCAAGUGAUUGAUAUCGAAAAAUAUCUCUCCUCAUCGCCGAUUGCAUCGAUUUGGCAACCAAUUACCAGCUCUUCAGAGUUAUUCACUGUUCAUAUCGAUAGUCUCUUUUCGUUACCAUCAAAUGUCAAAACAGUUCGUGUGAUCGCUCGUCUCUGUUAUGGAAACAAAACACGAGACAAGCAAAUGACACGAUUAAUGUCGUUCCCGAUUGCAUCGAUUUGGCAACCAAUUACCAGCUCUUCAGAGUUAUUCACUGUUCAUAUCGAUAGUCUCUUUUCGUUACCAUCAAAUGUCAAAACAGUUCGUGUGAUCGCUCGUCUCUGUUAUGGAAACAAAACACGAGACAAGCAAAUGACACGAUUAAUGUCCUUCGUACGUAAUACAUCUCAGGACAAUUUCUCCCAAGUCCGAUUUGAUCAACAACUUUCAUUUGUCGACGCGCAUAUUUGUGGAUUACAACGAGAAACGUUGAUCUUAUUCGAAAUCUACGCAAGUUUUACUGACGACAGUGACCCGAUAUUAACAUCUUUGGUUUCAGAAGUAUUCGAUGGGAUGUCCAUGCGUCUUAUUGGUUGGUGCUCACAAACAUUAUUCGAUCACGAACGUCAUCUUAUCACCGGCGAACGAUACUUCGGUAUCAUUGAUUAUACAACUGCGAAUCGAACUGGAUUUUAUUCAUUGAGAAAUGUAUCCGAUCGGGAUUGUUCAAUAUUAACUGUUUCGUUUGGUAAUCGCACAUACUUCUGGCCAGAUAUUCCAGCGAGAAAGGAUAUCGUAGCUAGAAAUAUAACAGAAAUCAGCUCAGAAAAACAAGAAGAACUUUCUCAAUUACUCGAUCGACGAUGUUUGUUUCUCAUCGAUCAUAAUAUCUUGCUGACGAGUGACCCAACGAUCGACAAUCGCAAGCAGCAAUCCCCUUCCAACGCACUAGAUGAAAGCGCUUAUAUUCGCAGUUUAUCUCGUGAAUUUUCUGAUGAUGAACGUUACCAUCUGUGGUCGCAUCGAUUCUACCUCAUGCACAGACCAAAUGCUUUACCAAAACUGCUAAAAUCUCGCACCGUUUGGGAUUAUCCGAGUUUAAUUGAUGUUUACGGUUUUGUCAAUGCAAUUACUCAGCAACGUACAAUUAAUGAAAUCGAAGCGCUCGAACUUCUCCUAGCAGCUUUUCCAGAUAUGUUCAUACGAUCCUGUGCCUAUCGGUCGUUUAUGUCACAAGUUGACUCUCAUGAUCUUCUCCGAUAUCUUCCUCAACUUUUGCAAAUUAUGAAAUGUGAUCAUGAUUAUUCAUCACCAAUUAUUGAAUAUCUUCUUGAACAGUGUCAACGGAACUGUCAUCUCGCACAUAAGUUCUAUUGGUAUCUGAGACAACUGAUUUUAACUGAAAGUAUCCACUUUACACGUUAUUAUUAUAUGUUGCUAGCAUUAUUGUAUGUUAUGAACGAUGAUUUUCGUGUGGAAUUACAAAACGAAUACGAUCUCUGUGUAAACUUAAAGAAGAUCGGUUUGGAAAUCAAAGAAUCUAAAAGGAAUCGAGUCGAAUAUUUAAGUGAACAAUUGAAAGCCAUCAAUAAAGACUUUUUCCAAUCUGGCCAACGAUCCUGCCGUUUACCAUGUCAAUUUGCUUUCAAAACAAACAAUAUUGAUGUAUCUGCAUGUUUAAUAUUCCCUUCAUACACAUUACCAAUGAAGCUGGUGUUUAAUUCGAGCAGCUUUCCUUCAGAAAAGUAUCAAACCCUGUUCAAAAUCGGUGAUGAUUUACGUCAAGAUCAAAUCGUUCUCCAAUUAUUAUCAUGUAUGGAUCAGAUUUGGCAAGCGAAUAAUUUCGAUUUUCGAUUGAGUUUAUUCGAUGUUGUUUUGACGCAAGAGCGUUGCGGUUUAAUUGAAAUGAUCAAAGACAGCGAAACAUUAUUAGACAUCGAAAAACCGUUUGGGACAAUCAAGGGUUCAUUCGGUGAAUCAGCAUUAUAUGAUUGGCUGUAUAAGAAUAACACUACAGAACGGGAUCUUGAUACAGCAAUCGAUAACUUAAUGUACUCAUGCGCAGGUUACUGCGUGGCGACGUAUAUAUUAGGUAUUGGUGAUCGUCACAAUGAAAAUGUGAUGGUGAAAAAAUCGGGACAUUUAUUCCAUAUCGAUUUUGGAAAAUAUCUAGGUGAUACACAAAAAUUUGGAUGGUUCAAUCGCGAUCGGGCGCCGUUCAUCUUUACUAAACAAAUGCUAUAUGCCAUGUCCUACGGUGGUACCUCGAACGAUGCGAUGCAUGAAUUUGUUGAUCUGUGCUGCAAUGCGUUUACAACUUUACGUCAGAAUUCUUCGUUGCUUCUGCUUCUUCUUUCCCAUCUCUGUUCAUCGAACAUACCAAAUCUGAAUUACGAUGCUGUUCGUUUUGUUCACGAGCGCUUAGCACCAUCGAAGAACUAUGCAGAUAGUAUCACACAUUUCACCGAUCUCAUCGUUGAUAGUCUCAACUCAACGUGGACGAGAUUGAAUGGCUUCAUACAUAAAAUGGCGCAACCGUUAAGUUCAACAAAUUCGCCGGCAAGUGAAACAAUCCCAUCGUUUGUUCCGAGUACCUACGCUAUUACUCACGAAGACAAAAUCAAAUCUGCACAGGUGAUCGAUUAUGAAAAGCGAAGGGUGCCUGUGAAGCAUUAUCUCUAUAAAUUCAAAGUUGAACGGUCGGAUAUAACGUAUCAUUAUCGAACAUAUAAUGAAUUAUAUGAGUUCUAUGAAUGCUUGAUCAACCAGUUUCCAUCGAUUGGUUUCGAAAUGAAAAUGUCUCAACAAACAGAAAAUAGAAUACUCGCCCAAAAACGUCUUCUUGAUAUGAAUGAAUUUCUCAAACAGUUGUUUACUUCAACCAAUGAGAUAAUCGAAUCCAAUAUAGUUUCGACAUUUUUUCAAACCGACCAACGUGAUCAACAACUGAACGACCGUCGAGAGAAAAACAGUGAAUAUCCAAUGGUCAAUAAUCGAGCGAAAAUUGGUAUAAUACUAAAGUAUGAAAAUGGUAAACUAUACGUUAUGGUUCGUCACGCUAGUAAUUUGCCAUUAUCGAAUGGAAACGAACCGCGACCAUAUUGUAAAUGUUAUCUAAUUCCUGAUGAGUCUAAAUCAACGAAGAGAAAAGGAAACAUAGUCAAUUCACGAAAUCCUAUAUUUAAUGAAACAUUUACCUAUGAGAUCGAUCGAACAGAGAUUCAAAAGCAAGUCCAGAAAUCUUUUGAGUCGAUCAACUCAUUUCGAUUAUUUUAG